CAAACUUAACGCUACUUGUCAAUGUCAAUUGUCAGCCAUAUUUUUUGUUUACUUUACCCCUGCGUUUACCAAACAAACGGUUUCGAGUCGAUUAAAUCAACACUGUGGUCACAUAAAUUGCUAAAUGUGCUCGUGAUACAUACAUAGGGACUUAUAAACAUACGCAGUGAUUCGAUAAACUGAUUGCGUCCGUGCCAGCCAUAUUAUUGUGCAGCCGACUUGUGGUCAGGAAAAAUAUUUUUUUCAUAGUGACAUAAAAGGGUUUUCAGAUAACUUUUUUAAUCAACUGGUCCAUAAUGAAGCAUUGUAUUAUAUUGUUGUUAAUGAUUGGUGUUUCUACGUGUAAAAAUAUAUAUCCACGCGAUGUCAACUAUCAACCUGACCAAGUCCACAUAUCGUUUGGUGAUAAAACCAACGACAUUGUUGCGACAUGGUCGACGUUCAACGACACCGCGUCGAUGGUGCUGUACGGCGUUGACAGCCCGGAGCGGCAAGCCGAGGGGGCCAGCGUGCUGUUCGUAGACGGAGGCAAGGCGAAGCGGCGCCAGUGGAUCCACCGCGCCACCAUGAGGGAUUUGAACUUCGACACCAGAUAUGUGUACCAAGUGGGUUCGGAAGAUGGGUGGUCUAGGCAGUUCUCAUUCAAGACCCCGCCGGCUGGCGAGGAUUGGGUGGUGCGCAUCGCCAUCUACGGCGACAUGGGCCUCAACGGAUCAAUGUCGUUGCCGUUCUUAAAACGCGACGUGGAACAAGGCAAGUACGACUUGAUCCUCCACGUGGGGGACUUCGCUUACGACAUGAACGAGCAGGAGGGCCGCGUGGGAGACGACUUCAUGAAUCUGCUGCAGCCCCUCGCCGCCGCCGUGCCAUACAUGACCUGCCCCGGGAACCACGAGAGCGCCUACAACUUCAGCCACUACUCGUCCCGGUUCACGAUGCCGGGCCCGGAGUCGAACCUGUACUACAGCUUCGACGUGGGCCCCAUCCACUUCGUGUCCAUAUCCACUGAGGUGUACUACUUCACCGAGUAUGGCAUCAAGCUGAUGGUGGAACAGUACGAGUGGCUGAAGAGAGACCUCACUGUCGCGAACAUGGAUAUUAACAGACGUAAGAGGCCUUGGAUAAUCCUGUUCGGUCACCGGCCCAUGUAUUGCAGCAACUCUGACGACAUCGACUGCAGCGUCGAGUAUACGAGGACGGGAUUCCUUGGACUUUUCGGAAUGGAGCCGUUACUGAAGGAAUUCGGCGUGGACUUAGUGGUGUGGGCUCACGAGCACUCGUAUGAACGCACGUGGCCGCUCUACGACUCCGUAGUAUACAACGGGUCCUAUGCCGCGCCCUAUGUUAACCCGCGCGCGCCCGUACAUCUCGUGACCGGAUCUGCGGGGUGCCGCGAAGGACGCGACCACUUCCGACGUAACCCAUUCAAAUGGUCAGCAUUCCACUCGCAGGAUUAUGGCUACACAAAGUUUAAAGCUUUCAACAAGACACAUAUCAACAUUGAACAGAUUUCAGUAGAUCUCGGUGGUCAAGUGAUAGAUGAGUUUUGGCUUGUGAAGAACAAGGAGCUCUCCUUCAAUCAACUAUGAGUUACAUCAACUUUAUUAAUAAAUCAUCAGAUACCUCAAUUGUAACAUAAUAUUAAUUUUGAUCUUGUAAUUAUUAUGAGAGUAAGAACUGUAAAAUACCAAAGAUUUAAAUGCCCUUAGAUUGUUUGCGAUUUAAUGGAUUCACUAUAGUUGCACACCAUUUGCCUUAUAUUCAUAGUAAAUUAUGUUUUGGUAUUUUCUAACAUUUAAUUUUUUAUUUUUGUGUAAUUAAACAAAUUGGAGAAACAGCUACCUCUUUUUAUUUCUUUCUAUUUUUAGACUGUUCCUGUACAGAAGUUCCAAAUUAUUAUGUAAUUUUUUCUUAGGUUUCUGUUUGGGUUUCAUUAUUUUACCAUUUUGAAUAGGUACAUGAAUACUCCUCUCUGGUUUGUUGUUCUUCUUUUGAUUACCUUUAUUCUUGUGCUUUGUCGGAGGAAUUUGAGAAGGUUUUCUAGCUAAUAUAUCUAUUAAAUAAAAAUCUAUACUGUUCUCUUCAUACAAUUGAGCUGCUAGUUUAAAAUGUGCUAUCAAUGUAGCUGCUAACCUUGGGAAUACUGAUAGAGUGCAGUUUCUGUUGUGUUCAAAUGGAUCCUGGACACAAAUCUUUGUGUCGAUCCUGAGAGAGUCAAAUUCGUUGCUACCGACAUUCAUUUUGUACAUAUCAAACUCACUGGGUACAUCUUCUAAAUUUUGAAAAACUUUCCUCGGUAUAAAAUUACCAGUGAAUGGUGAAAUUAUGUCCUGAUCAAAAUUAACUGUGCUGUAAAAUUUGAAGAACCCUCCCAGAAGUUCAUAGAGGCUCUCGCUGUUGUCUGUCAUGAAACUAAAGUCUUCACUGAAGGCUGUGUUCCAACCGUCCACUAUAAAUGUUUCAUUAUAUUGUUGAAGUUUAUGAACAGAAGGCAGUAUGUUUCUCUGCUGCAAAUAAAAAAUUACUAGCAUCGUGAGGCCAUAGUUGGACAACAUGUUGGUGCCUGUGAGGUUAUGUACUUUGGACCAGUAUUUGAUGAGCACUGCCAAGGUGGCAGCUCUGUGGUCCAUAUGCAACAAGUGUGCCAUUAAUCUACUGUUUCUCACCCCAGCCGGACUUUUAAAGUUGAUAUCACAUUGGCGAUGUGUCGGAAUAUGGAAGAAUUUCAGUAUAGGCACUUUAGCUGUUGUAAUAGCAAAAAGAUUUUGAAACAACCAAGGCUGCCUUCUCAAUAGAUUUCUCGCUUUUAUAACAUAGUUGUCAUUAUAGCUCCCACCUGGUAGAUCAACGAAGCAAUCUACAUCACUGGUUUUUAUACCUAAACCAGUAACUAUAGAUCCAAAUGGCACUACUUUACACCCUGGCCAUCCACUUUGAAGAGCACCUUCGAGAUGGACAUACAGCAGAUUUAGAUUGUCCACUUCUUGCCUGGUUAACCUCACAUUCUGAGUGAUAUUCUUGACUUGUUCCUGAAAAUUCCCCUUCAAGUUUAGGUAAUCAGGUAACAGCUCUGGCUCCAUUUUAUCGCAUUGCACAUAAAUACACCUUUAUGAAUACACAAAUAAAAACAAAAAGGUACAGUUAACGUGGCGAUAAAUUCGAAAAACUAACACAAAAAU